UACCUCAUCUUUAUGCUACUCCUGUACUUGUUCGGCCGCACUCAAAUAAAACAGGAGCCACUCGGACUACCAGGUGAAAGGCAAAACCCCUAGGAGGCAUCAAGGAAAUCAAAAAGGUCAGGCCCUGCAAUGAGAUGCAGUUUCCUUUGGGCCGCUAAAGAGCAGACAGAACAGAACUACACAAUCCACUGAGGACGCAGUGUCCGUCUCCCGCCCUGUCCAUUGCAGAGGUUGCAGCGACUCCUAGAAUAUCACCCCCUUCUCAUCGCCAGCAUGUCUGCUGUCACCUCAGCAACCCCGGCCCCUCCUCAGGGAGUCAACCCCCCACCCCCGGAGGUGACCAAUCCCACAAAACCAGGUCGGAAAACCAACCAACUACAGUACAUGCAGAAUGUAAUGGUCAAGACGUUGUGGAAGCAUAACUUUGCCUGGCCCUUCUAUGUGCCAGUCGAUGCCAUCAAAUUGGGACUUCCGGAUUACCAUAAGAUCAUAAAGCAACCUAUGGACAUGGGAACCAUCAAAAAGAGACUGGAGCAUAACUACUAUUGGAGUGCUAGUGAAUGCAUGCAGGACUUCAACACCAUGUUCACCAAUUGUUACAUAUAUAACAAGCCAACAGAUGACAUUGUCCUGAUGGCACAGGCCUUGGAGAAGAUCUUCCUGCAGAAAGUUGCCAUGAUGCCCCAGGAGGAGGUGGAGCUUCUGCCUCCCGCACCCAAACCCAAGAAAAGCAUAGGUGGUCUGGAUGGAGAUGAGUCACCAUCGUCCAUCCCUGGCUCUACGACAUCUGUGAUGGGCUCUUCUACAAUGUCUACCGUCACCCCCAAAGUCCCAGCUGUCCAGCGCUCGCCCAAUGCUCCCAUGAUUCCCGUCGUCUCACCCUCACAACCUCUUGUUAAAAAGAAAGGGGUAAAGAGGAAAGCAGACACCACCACCCCCACGACAUCUGCAAUCACAGCCAGCCGGAGCGAGUCGCCCAGCCCCCUCUCAGAGGGCAAGCAGGGCAAGGUGAUGUCAAGAAGGGAGAGCACAGGCCGUCCGAUCAAAGCUCCAAAGAAAGACCUGGUGGAAGGGGAGUUGGGCCAACAUGGCAGCAAGCGGAGCAGAAUGAGUGAGCAGCUCAAGUACUGCGACAGUAUCCUGAAGGAGAUGCUGUCGAAGAAACAUGCUGCGUAUGCCUGGCCCUUCUACAAGCCUGUAGACGCUGAGGCUCUGGAGCUACAUGACUACCACGAGAUCAUCAAGCACCCCAUGGAUCUCAGCACUGUCAAAAAAAAGAUAGAUGGCCGGGAGUACCCAGAUGCACAGAUGUUUGCAGCGGAUGUUCGAAUAAUGUUCUCAAAUUGUUACAAGUAUAACCCUCCAGAUCACGAGGUUGUUGCCAUGGCCAGAAAACUCCAGGAUGUGUUUGAGAUGCGUUUUGCUAAGAUGCCUGAUGAGCCAGCGGAGCUGAGCCCCGGUGCAGGCGGGUUGGUCAGUAAAGGUGACAACUCAAGCAGCGGCGACUCCUCCAGCUCAGACAGCUCCGACUCGGAGGAGGAGCGGGCCUCCCGGCUCGCCGAGCUGCAGGAACAGGUGGGUGCGGAACAGUGUAUCUCUCUGGAGCGCCCCAAUGGUAGCGGGCAGGGGGGAAAAAACGGUUGCACCAAGCGUUUUCAGCUAAAGGCUGUCCAUGAACAGCUUGCCGCGCUCUCUCAGGCACCUGUGAGCAAACCAAAGAAGAAGAAAGAAAAGAAGGAGAAAGACAAGAAUAAGAAAGACAAGGACAACAAGCAUAGCAAAACCAAGACGGACGAGGAGAAGAAGGCCAAGUCUGGGCAGCCUGCCAAGCAGGGCCAGCAGAAGAAACCCUCCAGGAAAGCCAACAGCACAGUGACUGGCUCCAGGCAAGCAAAGAAGGGGGGCCGGGGCUACGAGUCUGACGAGGAGGAGUCUCUGCCUAUGACGUACGACGAGAAGCGCCAGCUCAGCCUGGACAUCAACCGGCUCCCAGGAGAGAAGCUGGGGCGGGUUGUGCACAUCAUCCAGUCCCGAGAGCCCUCGCUGCGAGACUCCAACCCAGACGAGAUUGAGAUUGACUUUGAGACGCUCAAACCCUCCACCCUACGCGAACUCGAGCGAUACGUCAAGUCCUGUUUACAGAAGAAACAGCGGAAACCCCAACCGGCCGCUGGGGGCAAGGGAGCCAGGUCCAAGGAGGAGCUGGCUCAGGAAAAGAAGAAAGAAUUAGAAAAGAGGCGACAGGAUGUCAGCGGCCAGCUGAACAGUAACAACAACAACGGCAACAAGAACAAAACCAACAAAAAGAAAACGUCCAAAAAAGAGAAGGGCGCUGGGUCCGGUACCGGUGCGUCCCGUCUCAGCGGUAGCAGUAGUUCUUCAGAUUCUGGUAGCAGCAGCUCCAGUGGGUCCAGUUCUGACAGCAGUGACUCCGACUGAAAAGCGCAGCCCAAACACUCGCUGGGAACUUUUAAUUUUUACCCUUUUAAAAAUAAAAUGUUGUAUCCAGUCAUAGUUGUUUCCCCUUAUAACACUUUAUAUGAGGAAAAAACAACAAUAAAAUGUAAUGCUAUGUCAGAACAUGUCAAGUUUUUUUAGUAAAUACCUUUGUGGAAAGAAAAAGGAAAAAAACAUGGGAUAUUCUAGAUUACUUGACAGGGUAAUUUUUGUUUCCUCUACCUUUUCAAAGGGAUGUGUUAAAAACCCACCAAACAUAAACUGAGGAUUUUGUAAUACACUCUUGGAUGAAUGCCAGAUGUCUUUUCCUUUCUCCUAAUACCGUCAACAAAGUGAAGGAGUUGCAUAGUUACCAAAACGCAGCAGAACCCCAUGUCCUCCUAGUCCCAUCACUGCUACAUAAGCAUCCAUUUGCCCAGGUGGUACAGUAACAGUCCUAUUCAAUUACUUUCAUUGAAAAAUUAUCUAAACUUCUCAUCCAGCUUCAAGUUUUUUUUCACCCUCCUAAUGAGAAGAGCUAUCUUUUGGAAUAGGCCCUUAUGUGAAUUUUGGGUUGUCACUCUUCCAAUCAUUUGACUUUCUACAAAUACUGAACCUCAUUUGCCUCCGAGUAGCACAUUUCAGAUAAUUCUGAGCAAUCAUGUUGGGCAUCUUCAGCAGUAUAUACAGCCAAAUUGAAUGAUCUGAAGAUUUUCAUUCAUUAGUUGAAAUGGGAUUGCUGUUAUUAUUUGACUGUAUAAUAACAGACAUGGGCUCUUAUUUUCGAACCCGGCAGUAUGUAAAGUUUUAGCUAAAAUGUAUGUUAGUAACUGGUCUGAGUGGUUAUGAAAUAACAUUUUAACUUAUAGAAUUUAGAUAUUUACAGAUGCUUUUGGUCAGAAGAAAUGACAAUACAAUAAUUCACUCAACAGUUUGAUUCAUUACUCAUAACAUGACAACCGCUAGGUAUGGUGGCCUCUCCUGUACAUGUGUUUCCUGGCCUGCCUCUUGCUUAAUCUACAAUUCUCACUGAUGAAUGUAUGUAUGAUGCCUUGAAUGAUUGUGUUCCACCAGGUCAAUGACAUUGUGUACAUCACUGCUUUAUAUGUGAUGGGACGGCUAAAACUGUACAUAACUGACCUGUGUACAUUUUCAGUACACUGGCGUAGGAACAUGUCUUUCACUUUUGACUCUAUUGCAAAGCGCACCUGCUGUCUGUUGGGGCUCUAUCCCAAACAGAGCAGUUCCCUGAUAUUUUUCUCUGUCCAAAGUAAUGACAUAAACAAUGAAAGCAGGACAAUAUUGUGAACAAUGUGGAUUUUCCUCUGAAGUGUGGGGUAUUGAUUUGAAUGUAAGUCGUUACCACCAGGUCCUUUGUUUUAUUGUGGCCACAGCCUCUCAUUAUAGUCUUCAGUUCACCUUUUUAUUUCUCAGUCAACUCUUUUAUUUUUCUCUCAGUGAGCAAAGAGUUAAUUAUUCAUUAGAGAAUAUCCCUCAUAUUCCACUCCUGUAAGAAUGCAUUUUAUUAUUUAAUGAAGUGUAUCUGAAAGUAGUGUCUCAACGAUUUGCCUGAUGUACAAUUUGUGGUAAUUCUUUUCUGGAAUUGGUUGAAAAUUAAAUUGAAGCCACUUUGGUUUUCAUUUACUGUUAAUACGUUGAUACUUUUAAAGAUUUAGUCAUAUGCAUUGUUAUUUUAAGCUAUGGUGGAAAUAAAUAUUUGUUUGAU